AUGCCGGAGAUCGAACAAGACGAUGCGGCGGCGGAGACGGUGGAUUCGUCCACCGUUAAAUUCGGAACACCGGAAGCGUUGAAGUAUGUACGAUCACUGACUGACGUUGGAGCGAUGACGCGACUUCUUCACGAAUGUAUCGCUUACCAGCGAAGCCUAGACUCAGAUCUCGACGCGCUUCUAUCGCAGCGUACGGAGCUGGAUCGGAGUCUCGUUCAGCUACAGAGAUCCGCGGAGAUUCUUGAUAUCGUGAAAGCGGAUGCGGAUCACAUGUUGGGAAAUGUUCGAUCGACUUGUGAUCUCGCGGAUCAGGUCAGUGGGAAGGUGCGAGAGCUCGAUCUCGCCCAGUCUCGUGUGAAUGUUACUCUUUCCCGCAUAGACGCGAUUGUCGAGCGAGGGAAUUGCAUCGAAGGCGUGAAGACGGCUUUGGAAUCGGAGGAUUACGAGUCCGCUGCGAAGUUCGUACAGAGGUUUCUCCAGAUCGAUUCGCAGUACAAGGAUUCUUCUGGUUCUGAUCAGAGAGAGCAGCUUCUUGCUUCGAAGAAGCAGCUUGAAGGUAUUGUGAAUAAGAAGCUCUCAGCGGCGAUUAACCAGAGAGAUCAUCCUACAAUUUUGAGAUUCCCAAGACAUCUGAAUCGGAUCCUAGAGGUUCUCGUAAGCCAUAGGGGUUAUCUUCGGAAAGCGUUUGAUCUAUUCAAGAGUUCGCGUCUUCACGGAGUGAUGCCUAACACGAGAAGUUACAACAUUUUGAUGCACGCUUUUUGUUUGAAUGAUGAUUUGAGUAUUGCAUACCUACUGUUUGGUAAAAUGCUUGAGAGAGAUGUUGUCCCUGAUGUGGAGUCUUAUAAGAUUCUGAUACAAGGGUUUUCUAGGAAAGGACAAGUGAAUGGUGCUAUGGAAUUACUGGAAGAUAUGCUGAAUAAAGGUUUCGUGCCUGAUAGGUUGAGUUACACAACAUUGUUGAACAGUUUGUGUAGGAAGACGCAGCUCAGAGAGGCUUAUAAGCUUCUAUGUAGGAUGAAGUUAAAAGGUUGUAAUCCGGAUAUUGUUCAUUACAACACGAUGAUUCUCGGCUUUUGUAGAGAAGGUCGCGCUAUGGAUGCUAGGAAAGUUCUUGAUGAUAUGUCGGGUAACGGCUGCUCGGCUAAUCUGAUCUCGUAUAGGACAUUGAUUGGAGGACUCUGUGAUCAAGGGAUGUAUGAUGAAGGGAAGAAGUAUCUCAUAGAGAUGAUGUCGAAAGGGUUUUCUCCUCAUUUUUCGAUUUCGAAUAGUUUGGUAAAAGGGUUUUGCAGCUUCGGGAAAGUCGAAGAAGCAUGUGAUGUUGUAGGGUUUGUGAUUAAGAACGGAGAAACAUUGCAUUCAGACACUUGGGAGAUGAUAAUUCCAUUAAUCUGUAAAGAAGAUGAGUCGGAGAAGAUCAAACACUUUCUUGAAGAUGCUACUAAAGAAGAGACAGGCGGUGAUACCAGAAUCGUUGAUGCGGGUGUCGGAUUAGGAUCUUACCUCUCUAGUAAGCUACAAAUGAAACGCAAAAAUGUUAGAGAGAGGAAGAGACAUACAUUUUUUUAGGUUCCUGAGCUGAUGUAGAA